GUCCGUACCAAACGCUCCGCUUUUAACCGAGGACAGUCGAGAAGAGAUUUAACUGAGGUAAAGCUCCUUUAACAUUAUACAAUGUAUAUAUAAAUAUUUUAUUUCGACUAAAUGAAGUCAGGGAAAAUACUGUUUUUAAAUAUUUUAAAGGUAGCACAGAGUAAAAGCGACCGGCGGUUGAGAUCUGAAUGCCGAUGUUAUAUAUGUUGUUGGAGGUGUUGCUCAUUGGUGUGUUUUAAAUACGAGCAGCCAAUAUAGAGUCUCUCAAAUAAGAAAAUUUAAUUCCAUUGCUUUCAUAUUAAAAACGGUGAAUUCGAAGCAAAAUACUGCGAGUUGUAUGUAUUGUUGGCCUACGGUAUAAGGGUUGUUGAAAACACGUUUUUUGUCAGCAAGUCCGAUCCAUUCGUUUAUAAUCCUUUCAGAAGAGUUGCCUCUACACAGUAUAUAAAACUUCAAAAUAAUUUCGGUCUGUAGAACGUCAAAAACGGAAUGCAAUUUUUUAUAGGACACCACGUCUCUUUAAAACAUGACGAAAAUUCUACAAGCGUGGUAUACAGUUGCACUAACAGCGCCCACGUGUCAGACAAGGUCUCCAGCAAAGGCUACGAUCCCAUGGAAAACCCAAUCUUAGCACGAGAUUUAUCACGUGCAAGUUAAGAAGGGCUUUUCUGCCUUAGGCACAUCUUUUGGACCAGUUAACUUUGUCAAUGGAGACAUUUUUGAUCCUAGGUAACCCGCGUAAGGCUCUAUUUACGCUUAGAACCAGCUGAGGCAAUGACUAGGCGUUUUGUAGACGAGCGAAAAUUGCAGGAGCAGAAAACUACACCGGCAAAAUCCAUAAAUAAACUAUUUGCAGUAAACAGGUCGACGUCCGAUUUAGUCACAACCUCUUCCUUCAUUUGAGUAUCAUAAGUUAUGCCACUUGAAUCGUAAAUUAAAUUUUAAAAAAAUCUUUCUGGUCUCGAAUUUUCUCGCGAAUUUUUCUUUUUCGGGAGUUAAAGUUCAAGAGAAAAAAUAAUCCUUGUACUGUAGCCUGUUUUGAAUUGCCAAAGAGUUAAAGGUCUCUACGUACCGUCAAAGUACACCAAGCAUUGCGUUGUGUUGUACCUCGCACAUGUACAAAUAAAAUCACACACCAUUGAGUUUUCUUCCUACCGGAAGCAAAAAAAAAAAAGACGAGAUCCGAUGAGCCAUCGGCUGGUGUUUUGAAUUGUAUUAAAAAAUUUCGACUGAUAUUUAAAACUUUAAUCGUGUUUCACUACUCAGCUUGAGGUACAAACCAGCAUCUAUUCGCCAUGGGUAAACGCUUGCCUCCUUUGAUGAGAGAAGCCGUUGCCGAAUUCUCUUCCACCUUCAUUUUGCUGGUGAGUAUUGUUCUUUUUUUUAGAACUUUUGAUAUUUCGUCUAGUUUCAUUCCCAUUAAUUUUCACCCUGCUUCUUUAAAGGUGGCAAUCAGACAAAAAGCGAAAUAAGAAUUUCAACAGUUUCAUGUAGUCAUGACAUGUCUGACAUCAAGUCAAUUAUUACUAAAGACAACAUGUCAAACUUUGUUAACAUUAUCUUCUUUUAAAAAUUUCAUUUGUCAAUAGAGGAAGGUUAUUCUCUGCAGGCGGUCUAACUUUUUUCUCUAGCAAAAGAAUACACUUGAGCGCAUCGAACGGCAAACGAUGGCGGUAGCACGCGAAGCACGCGUUAUGAGAGGAAGCGGAAGGGAACGAAAGAAUUAGGGGGGAAUCGUGAAUUCAGGAAGGGGGAAUGAGUUCCCGAUCCCCCCCCCUACUACUACAUCUUUUCGCCCCCCUGAAAGGGAACGCAGAUUCCGGAAUCUGGGAAAUAUAUGCAUAGUGAAUGCGGAGUCUAGGAAAUUUGCGUUGUAUAAUGUGGAAUCCUUAGCUCUGGAAUCCGGAAUAAGGCUCAACGAAUCCGGAAUCCCUCUUAUGAUUGGAAUCCUACCACUCCUUUUAUGUUAAAAAAUUAGCUGUCGAUUCAGUUUGUGGUAGUACAGUUAAACCUCACUGUUUCACGGGAACAGAGUUAAUUGCCCUUAUUACAGAGGUGUGCGUAUUAUCAAAAGAUAUAUUAUGCAGAAUAGGCGUUUUUGUUUUUGGUUUGUUUUGUUUGUUUUCCUUGUUUUUUUUGUUUUGUUUUUUUUUUUUAACUAAAGCUCAGACUUUGUUUACAUAUGUUCUCUUUCAGAUAUUUGGCGCUGGUUCGGUGGCUCAAAUGGUCCUUAGCGAGUGGAAAUUUGGGAAUUUUUUCUCUGUUAACUUCAGCUGGGGAAUUGGAGUAGCCAUUGGUUGCUACUGGGCAGGAGGCGUAUCAGGUGUAUUAUCUCAAUUAUCCAGUGCCAAGGAUCUUGGCAGGUUUUUAGGGCCGUCAGCAUUCAGAAAUGUUUAUCCUUAACUUAGACAUACGUGAGUAGAGUAUCGAUUUUCAUCGAUUGGUGAAACCAAUCGAUAUUAAUCGAUUAAUUUUAUGGAUCAUUGGUUUCCGAUGAUCGAUUUUCGUUUAUCGGUAACGCCGGACAUUCAUAGCGUUGGCCCCUACUCAUUGCUUUGUAUCGAUUUUUACUGAUUUUCAUCCGUUUUAUCGAUUUUUAUCAGCUUUAAUAAAUGAAGGGGUAUAAGUUGGCUACCACGGGUGCCAUUUACAGUAAGGACGGGUGAAUCUUUUGUCCUCGAGACAAAAGAAAUUCGCGAUGAUACUCACACACAUGUUCACGAGUCAUGGGUUUCAACUUAUGAAAAUUUUCGAAGACACGUUCAAUCAAGUUUUUUUGUAUAGUUAGACACAUUUAGAGGAAAAGUAGCAAUUUAAGGACUGAUCCUUAGUUUUAAUUAACUCCCACAAGGACAUUUUUUAAGUAUAUAUAAUUAUGCGAUCACGCAGCAUUAGAGUCAGAACUAACACCCUCAAGAUAGAGGAGCAGAAUAUGUAGCCAGGUUUUCUUCUUUUUUUCUUACUCUUGGAGUCUACAGUGUUCAAGAGUGUACAAAAAGCAAUUUACAGUGUACGGAAUAAACCUGUAUGCGGAUUUAAAAACUAGUUCGUAACGACUCUUCUACAAUCCACGUUCAAUAUUAUCACUAAUGCGUAGCUCAAACGUAUCUGGAACCAUUUUUAAACGAUUACCAUCGAUAAAAAUCGAUUUCCGAUAUGAAUCAAUUAACAAUCGAUUUGGUCGAUUAUCGAAUUUCAUCGAUUUGGAGUGUCCUUCUUAGAGCUUUCUCCGCCGAAGGGGCCCCCGCUGGGUACCCCUUUAAAAGUAGCAAAAAUCGCAAAACAGCGAUCGCGCGGGCUUUCUUUGUUCUCUCUCCCCAGCGGAUGAGAGGUUCCUUAGCGCACAGCACAGGUGUACGGUAAGAGUGUUGACUGCAUGGCUAUAAAACAUGUUAAUUAGGUCAGGCUGUUAAAGAGAGAACAUGCUCUCAAGCUGAGAGAUUUUCGCUUCAAGGACUGAUUCUUCGUAGUUUUGUUCAUUAAGUGCAGCAAAGUCUAGGCAAUUUUCUUAUUAAUCCUUAAUUAGUUUUUAUUAAAAUUGAUAACUGAUACGUAGACGAAGUCCAUUGCACGGGCACUGAUCCACAGCUUUCUGUUAUGCAAUGAUUCGCAGGGGCUCACAUGAAUCCCGCCGUUACACUGGCUUUUGCCGUCGUCAGGAGAUUACCAUGGAGGAAAGUUCCCGUAUAUUGGACGGCGCAGAUGCUGGGGGCGUUUGUAGCCUCAGCGUGUGUUUAUGGCGUCUACUACGGUGAGCAAACGCAAGAGUUGAAUUGAGUUGGUUCCCAGUAAAACAAAUCUCGCACAUUCUAUCUCUGUGUAUUCGCGCAGCCAAUUUAAUUUAGAUCUUAGUUGUUCCCCUAUACCACUUAUAUACCAUUUGUAUACCUUAUGAUCUGGCUGAGAGACCGAAUUCUUUUUAUCUUCCAGUAACUCUGAGAUAGAUACGGCUGACCGACCUUAAUUCAAAGGAUUAAUCUUUACAAAAGCAUUCCAAUUUGGUGCUGAUUUCUGACUGUCCCUGGGAAAAGAGGAGUGCGAAGCAGGUAAGCUUUAUGUUUCAUCCAUUCGAAUUAAAAAAAAAAAGAUGCUUUGAACGCAUUUGAUGGCGGUGUCCGUCAGAUAAUGGGUCCAAAGGGCACGGCAGGGAUCUGGGCUACAUAUCCACAACCAUAUUUAUCCACCUGGAAUGGCCUUGGAGAUCAGGUAAACAAAAUUAUUGGUCGAGAGCUUUGACAGGAAAACCCAGUUGAAGUGUUCGGAGCAUAAUAAACAGUUUCCCAAAAAGUUGUCACGUCUAAUUCGGUUUUGUUAGAAAAAGUAGUGAAUUUGUUUUAGAGUGAGUCUAGAACCGAGAAGUUCUUAGCUAAAGAUAAUCUAAGCUAAAACGUGUCUUCUCACCAGUGGCCCCUUGUGCGAAACGAUCACACCUUGAUAUGGAGGGUAAACAUUUUGGUGGGACCUUGAAAAGAAAGGAUGUCAGCUCUUUGAAGGAUGUAAUAUCUCUUUGGUUUUCCUUCCCCCAAUAAGUCGUUUACCAUCCAGCAAGGUGCUUCUGACCGCUUCAUGAAAAGGGCCCAUUGAAUUACAAAAAAAAAAGAAUACUUUAGGCAAUUGUUUUCAGAUGCUGCGGAUGGCAAAGAUGGACAUGGGCUGAAACUUGAAAAAACUUGGCCACUUUGUUCAAGUUUAAAGAUGGCUCCUUGUUCAAGUUUAAAGAUGUCACUGUUAUUAAAAAAGGCUCAUUUGCCACCAGUAAAAUUGGAGUAUUUUAUAUUUUCGCUUAAUGAAAGCUGUAGUUCUUUUCAAAGUUUCGUUGCCAUCGCGGUAAAACCGAAAAAAGCUAUGACAAAAAGGUUCGUCAUAAUUCCAUGCGCCUUUUAAGAUACGCAGCCACCUUCCUGAUGUUAUGCAAGCUAAAAAAAAGUGUAAUUAUGAUUAGUGCGCCCUGAUAAAAUUUGUUAGAGAUCUCUUGACUGACACGAGAAUUUUAGUGUAUGGUUUCAGGCACUUGUUAACGAAUUCAACACAGAAUUUCCCCAUAACGACGUCCUCGUGACAUAGACGCUUUAAUCAUAGAAGACACGCCCAGAAAAAAAUAUUUAUAUGUAUCCAAUCGUUACUUUAAUUGUUAGGUGCUUGGCUCAGCGUUGCUUGUUGGCUGCGUGUUUGCUAUCAUCGACAAGAACAACAAUUCUCCUGACAAAGGCGUCACGCCCAUCAUGAUCGGACUAGUGGUGUUUGUUAUCGGCGCUACUUUUGGAUUCAAUUGCGGUUACGCCAUCAAUCCCGCUAGGGAUCUGGGACCAAGGGUAUUUACGGCGGUUGCAGGGUGGGGCUCUGGAGUGUUCACGUGAGUAUUUUCAAUGAACAAUGUAUGUUGCAGAAUAAGAACUUAGUAAAAUAUCACUCAUGCACUGUGAAAAAUGAAAAGAGGUAUCCAUCGUCUACACUUAAAUUAGUGACUGGAAUGACGUCAAAAUCUUCAAAGCCCAAGUUGUACAUUCUGCAUUACUUAUCUAAAUGCAGACAAUGGGCUUUUUUCUCCUUUACUAAUAAUAAUAAUAAUGAUGACGAUGAUGAUGAUGAUAAUGGGAUAUCAAAAAAAUGUCUUUACCAUUAUCUUAGUAGCAUGAGUGGCAGGCUUCGACAGGGGCGUAUAAGGGCUUGCUUACAUAUACAUGAUAAAUUACUCAGUUGUUACAAAAUGUGUUCAUUAUCUUCUUCUUUUUGAAAAACAUAAAAAGUAUCAAAAGCAAGCAAUUUAAUUUUCAAGUAACUUUGAUCAAAAUCUUAUAGACGGACUUAACUCCACAGGGCUGCAAAUAACUGGUCUUGGGUACCUGUGGUAGGCUGCCUUUUGGGUGGAGUGCUUGGUGCCUUAAUCUACAUUGGAUUAAUUGAGAUGCAUCAUGAUUCAGAAGACGAUAGGGAGACUGGGUACGAUCUUGAGAGAAUUGUUAUAACCACAACUGACUUCAAGGCUCAAGCAAACGACAUAGGAAACGGAAAUUUGGCCUUUGGUGACGGAAUACCAAUGGCAUCUACGUAAUCUGUCCAUAAAGAGUUAUCCCACGAAGACGAAAUUGGUAUUGUGAGAUAACAAUGUUAACUGAGUCUGAAUAGAAUUAUAUUUUACUACUCAGAAUUACUCAGAUAGUAAUCAUAGAGGACGAGAACCAAAUGAUAAUAUGCCUUAUUUUUGCGCUUGCAAGUGAUUCAACGGCAACGCAUAAGCGAAGCAAUGCGAUGAUCUUCCUUUUUGUAUAAAACUGUUGCUUGUAUUUUUCGCGUGAUAAAUAUAAUCCAGUUUUAAUGUUUUUUUUUCUUAAUUUUUUCGCAACUUCGAUUCCAUGCUUUCAACCUCUUUCUGUCAAACGCGGCC